CCAGGAAGAAGAUAAGAUAUAUCUUUUGAAUAUCAAAUAUUCGAUUUUUACAUGUGAAAAAUAUAUUACAUUAACACGUUUAUACUCGCGUUAUAUGUUAACAAGUGAAUUCAAGUGUAAUGGCUACAUGUACUGUUGUACAGAAUGCUUGGAACGAUUGUUAUUAUACUAAAUAUGAAGUUAAUUACCAGAAGACACCUUGCAAUAUUUGUAUAAACAGCCACGGUGGAGUUAACCAGCUUGGUGGUGUCUUUGUGAAUGGGAGGCCCUUACCGGACGUAGUAAGGCAAAGGAUCGUCGAACUAGCGCAUAGUGGUGUCCGACCGUGCGACAUUUCGAGACAACUCAGGGUAUCUCACGGCUGUGUAUCCAAGAUAUUGUCAAGGUAUUACGAAACCGGCAGCUUCAAGGCCGGCGUGAUAGGUGGUUCCAAGCCUAAAGUGGCAACGCCACCGGUUGUCGAUGCGAUCGCGAAUUACAAGAGGGACAAUCCAACGAUGUUUGCUUGGGAGAUUCGUGACAGGUUGCUGGCAGAAGGGAUUUGUUCGCAGGACAACGUACCCUCUGUCUCCUCUAUCAAUCGAAUCGUGAGAAACAAGGCGGCAGAGAAGGCGAAGCACGCGCAUCAGCAACAGCAGGCGCAGCAGCAGCAAGGUCAGCAACAAGGUCAGCCAGGAUCAGGUGGUUCCGUGUCGGUGAUAGCCCAUGCACCUGCCACACCGGCGGGUCAUCCUGCGGCCGCCGCUCCCAAUGCCUACAGCAUCAGUGGCAUCCUCGGAAUCCCCGCACACCAUCAGGAUCCAAACGGCAAUAGUAUCAAGAGAAAGCGAGCCGAUGACGACGACAAUCGUGACUUGGGCGAUCAUCCGGAGGACGACUUGAAGAGACAGCGAAGUAACUACAACGGCGACCAACUCUACUCGAACCUGUGGUCGAGUAAAUGGAGCAUCAAGGACGAACACAAGCUCCUGAACGAGCUUGGUGGAGGAGGCGGAGGUGGCGGUGGAGGCGGUGGCGGUGGCGGCGGCGGCGGCGGCGGGGGAGGCGGUGGUGGCGGUGGCGGCGGCGGAGGUGGUGGUGGCGGAGGUGCAGGAGGCGGUGGUGCCUACUAUGAGCAUGCCGGAUUCCCCGGGAACGCGAUUGCCACCUCCGCCGAGCUCUACGACUCCCUGGGCACCAUCAGUACGAUGACGCAGGCGCAAACGCCACAUCUCUAUACCCCGCCCAUAGGGGGCACCAUAGCAGGUGGUACUUUGACGCCGCUCGCUCCACUGACGAUGCAAGCAUUGGAUGGGGCUAACAUGUCUCCUUACCACGCCACCGCAGAGAGCGGUACCGUCGCAGUCUCGUACGUAGGGGUUGGGGCCGGCGGGGGCGAGCAGAGUCCACCGAUUUCCUUGCAGAACGAGACGAACGCCACCCCCGCGGCCCCCAACACCCCGGGAGGGGAUCCCGGACUCACGGUCUUGCAGCCGCCAGUUUCUCAGCCUCAGGUAGCCUCUGCGAUACCACCGUACUCGACGAUGCUUCCAAGUUUCGGACAUUAUGCCACCGGUGGUGGCGAUUACGCGUACAGCGCCGCGUAUUCUCAAUAUUCGAGUGCACCGUACAGUGGAUAUGGCUAUGGAGCAGCGACAAGCGGGUUGCUCAAUUCCACGUACUACUAUUGCAACGGGGAUACGCUGGCGUCUUCCCAAAACAAUUCGCAAGCGGCCGGCGCGUGCAACAAUAAUGGCGGCGGCGGCGGCGGCGGCGGUGGUGGUGGUGGCAUUGGAGGUGGUGGCGGAGGUGGAGGUGGUAUCGGAGGUGGUGGUGGUGGCGGUGGAGCAGAUAGCAACACGGACGUGGCUAGUCGUUCGCCUCUUGCAGCCACCAGAGCAAGUAGCGGUGCGAGUGCGGCAUCACCGACUGGUAGCGCCUGUACCAAACCAGAUCAUGCCUCUACACCGACCGACCUAUACUUGGCUUGAUCGGUAAAAGUCUCACGUGAUACCAAUGUGUAAGGACCGAUCGGCAAUAACGGACGCCAUAUCAUUGGAGGGAAAAAGAACGAAAAAAAAAAAAACACAAAAAAAGAAAAAUGAGAAAAAAAAAAACAAAGAAAGAAACUCAAAGAAAACGGUCCUAUCGACCUCUAUGAUCUCCUCGACGAGUUUACACGGCGAGAACGACGAACGAGGGAUACGAAAUGAGGAUGAGGGAUUACGGACGAGAGAAAAGGGGAGGGGGGAAGAGGGGGAGAGGGGAAAUAUUAAACGGGAGAGAAAAGUUUCGAGGAUUAAAAAAUUCGUCUCGAAAAUAAUUUCUCAAAAGGGAGGAGAAACAAAAAAAGAAGAAGAA